CAUCUAAAGUAAAUACCUCUGCUUUUAAUGUCAGCACAUUCUAGUCAUUCGAGUGUCCAAGCCUAUUUUACUCUGUCUCUUGACGAGUUAAGUUCGAUCCAGGAGGAAGUUUUUUCACGCAAUUUUUUCCCCCCGUAUAAAGAUGGCAAAUAAUGGCGACUAUUCUUCGGCAUUGGAGAUGUCUUUGGAUGAGAUUAUUCAACGUAAAAAAAAAUUAUCUAGACAGCAGCUAAGACCGUCUAAUUUGCAAAGGAGUGGCCACCAAGAAGGCAAGAGAUCAUCGUUUCCCCCGGGCUUUGAUGCCCGUCAGAUCAUAAUGCAGAAACAGCGGUCGCGCAUUACGGAUGCCCGUGAGAUUAUCAGUCGUAAACGACUGCAUCAGGAGCUAGCCGACUUAACGAUUGAUGAGCCUAAAAAUAAAAAACAAAAGACUCAAUCCUUAGGUUUAAGGGAUGACUUUUUCAAGAGACCAUUGACGACCAGAAACCGGCGCUUUGCCAAAUCAAUGGGCGGACAUGUCAAAAACUUGUAUGUGGACUAUGAUGAUAUGAGUCAUCUGGAGGCUGAAGAACAAAGAAUGCGUCUUCUCGUCUCGAAGAGUACGAAAAAAUCAAGUGUUUCUCGUUCUGUUACCGAAGAACUCUUCGAAGUGUCACAAGAUGAUGACAAUGAAUUUUGUUCGAAUGGAGCAGCUAAAUAUCAUUUCCAAGCGCAAUAUUUACAACCUUCAGCAGCUCCGGCACGAAGCUUUCGUGUAUUGGUCAGCAAUUUGGCAGGCGAUGUUACCUCACACGAUAUCAAAGAGCUUUUUGCUGAUAUUGGGCCCAUAGUAGAUGCCUCUGUGAUUCGACAAGGCACAGCCGAAGUUUUCUAUAAGUGCCUUAAGGAUGCCGAGAAAGCAGUUUUCGUCUAUCAUAAUCGUUAUUUUGAUAACAAGCCAAUGCAUUGUGUCCUAGUGCCAUCGCCUUACGCAAAGCGUUUUGUUCUGACCAAUGGUUCGCGUGCCGCGUUCAACUCGAAUCAUCCGGAUGCUGUAGACGUGGACGCAGUCCAUCAUGCUCUCUUUGGCGAUACAUAAUCAAAUGAAAUACUUUACAUUUAUAUCUAUCCAUGGCUUAUUCAAUAAUGCUAAAGAUUGAAUGGGUCAAAAAUCAAAGAACUUUGGUAGCAAAAAAUGUAUUUGGAAAUUUUCUUUAUAUUUUUUAAGCCAUGAAUCAAAAAGGAAAAAUACAAAUUUGCAAUGAACUGGAGAAUCACGCACACGUUGAUAUGUGUGCAUUUAUAUGUAUGUAUAUAAAUGCUUGUGAAUA